CCCAUAAGCCAAAACUAGGGAUGUGAUCUACACAAUCACCAGACGGCCACUUUUUAAAUAUAUUCUUCAUUGCAGAGCGAAUAAAGCCUAAACCAAAACUAGAACCCAUCAGAAGAACCUGAAUUCAGUCGAAGAAUUAUGAGGGGCACAACUGAAAAAGCAGAGCGCAAUCAAUCAUCUUCAACAUUAUUUCCCAAAGGCGAAGAACCCGUACUAGUACUGUCUCAUCCCACUUCUUCCUCCACCAUCACAGAUGAGCCACAGCAUCAUCAACCUAUUCCAUCCACAAAAACAUCGUUUUCAUAUCCACCCUCGGAUGAGGAUACCAAGAAAUGGGGCACCCACAUCAUGGGAACACCGGCAGCACCCACCGUACACCCUGACAACCAGAAGGCUGCCUUGUGGACUGCUGCCGACCACCAGCAAAUCUACCACCAACCCUAUGUCGUGUACUCCCCUGUGGAAAAGCAAAGCCACAAUACUUUGGAGCCCGUGAUUAACAUGUUCAAUAACUGGACCAGGAAAGCCGAGACUGUAGCCUGCAACAUAUGGCACCAUCUUAAAACUGGGCAUUCCGUGUCGGAAGCUGCAUGGGGAAAAGUAACCCUGACAGCCAAAGCAAUAACAGAAGGUGGAUUCGAGUCCCUCUUUAAGCAGACUUUCGAAACUCUUCCGAAUGAGAAGCUAAAGAAGACAUUUGCUUGUUACCUUUCCACAUCCACCGGCCCAGUUGCUGGAACCCUGUAUCUCUCAACAGUUCGCGUGGCUUUCUGCAGUGACCGUCCCUUGACUUUCAUUGCUCCGUCGGGACAAGAGGCUUGGAGCUACUACAAGGUCACGAUACCUCUGGAAAAUAUAAGCACAGUCAACCCUGUGAUCACGAGAGAAAAUCCACCAGAGAAGUACAUUCAACUUGUUACAGUUGAUGGUCAUGAAUUCUGGUUCAUGGGUUUCAUUAAUUUCGAGAAAGCAUUGAAUCACCUAUUAAACAGUGUAUCAGAGGUCCGAGCGGCACAAGCAGUUGUUGGGUAGCAGAUGGUCGCAUUCACUGUUGGAUCCCCUAUCCUCUCAAAAAUUGUGAUGUUCUCUGUUCGUGGUUGGUUUUUCCAGGUAUAAUCUACGUUUGUUGUUGGUUUCUGUACGUUUGUACAGUGGGCAACCAUUCGUCGGUCUUGGUUUCGUUGUAUCAUAUGUAUAUUCAUUUAGUUUUUGUAGUUUGUUCCAAACGCAUAAAAAGUGUAGUGGGAUCGAAUUGUAAUCUAUAAUUACAUAUCAAUCAAUGUUUUGUUGAGUAGCCA